AUGGCCAUCUCCGGCGACCCCGUCGGGCGCAUCGAGAUGACGCUCCGCGACGACGUCUGCCCCGAGACGUGCGAGAACUUCCGGUGCCUCUGCACGGGCGAGCGCGGCGAUCUGGUGCGCGGCAGCUCGCGCCAGCACCUCUGGUACAAGGGCUGCCGCUUCCACCGCGUCAUCCCCGACUUCAUGGCCCAGGGCGGCGACAUCACGCGCAACAACGGGUCCGGCGGCCACAGCAUCUACGGCAAGAAGUUCGCGGACGAGAACUUCGAGCUCAAGUUCGACAAGGCGGGCGCGCUGGCCAUGGCCAACGGCGGCAAGAACACGAACUCGUCCCAGUUCUUCAUCGCGCUCCAGCCCUGCGAGUGGCUCGACGGCAAGCACACGGUCUUCGGCUUCGUGUCCGCGGGCAUGGACGUCGUCCGCAUGAUCGAGGACUGCGGCACGGCCCAGGGCCGCACGCGCGGCAUCGUCACCAUCGCCCAGUGCGGCCAGCUCCAGUAG